AUGGCCAAACUAAGCCUCUUGUUUGAACCCUUUUUCAUAUUCUUCUUCUUCCUCUUCAUCUCCCCUUCUCUUUGUUGCCCUCCAUAUCAGAAAGAAGCCCUCCUCCAUUUCAAAUUUCUAUUACUCGAAAACAGUUCCUCCAAUUCUAACAUAGACCUUCAAGGGUUAGAGACGUGGAAUGCCGCAUCUGAUGAUUGCUGUCAGUGGCGACUGCUCGACUGUACUUUCCAAAAUGUUACGGAUCUUGACUUGUCUGAUCUCAUUCCCUCACUAGACUUGAAACCUGUAGUGACAUCUGAUAUUUUAGCUCCACUCUUUCACUUGCAAACCCUCAUUUCAUUCGACAUUUCUUAUAAUAAUAUACAUGGUGAAAUCCCGAGAGUUGGGUUUGCCAAUUUAAGUAACCUUGUAUCACUUCAAAUGCAAGGAAAUAGCUUCAACGGCUCCAUUCCUCCCUCUUUGUUUUCUUUAAGGCAUCUGGAGGAACUCCACAUGAGUGAUAAUUUGAUUGAAGGGACAUUAGGCACCAACUUCGGAAACCUCACUAAUUUGCAUUGCCUUUCACUAUUCAAUAACAAAAUUUCUGGAGCAAUUCCACCAUCACUUUCAAAUUUGAAAAGUUUAGAGUACUUGAAUUUGCGAGAAAAUUUUCUCACCAUGGAGUUACCAACUGAGAUUGGCAACCUCUCCAACAUAAGAUGGUUGCUGUUAUGUAACAACAAUUUGUCUGGAGAGAUCCCUCCAUCAAUUCAAAAGAUGGAACAAGUACAAGUACUUGAUUUAGAAAAUAAUCUGUUCGCUGGUGAGAUCCCAACAUGGUUGUUCGAUUUCAACUACCUCUUCUACUUGAGUCUUGGGGAGAACAAACUUGUUUUGAAAAAUGCGAGAAUAGCACCAAGGUGCAUGUUAAUGCAUCUAUCAUUGAGAUCAUGCAAUCUUUCAGGGCAAAUUCCCAUUUGGAUUUCCAACCAAACCAACCUUGCCUUCUUGGACUUGAGUAAUAAUAACCUUGAAGGAACUCUCCCUCAAUGGUUGGCUCAAAGAGAUCUUUCAGGUUUGCUUUUAUCAAAUAACAAGCUUUCAGGCUCUCUGCCACCUCACUUAUUUCAAUCUCAGUAUUUAAUGUUCCACAUACUUUCAAAUAAUAAUUUGUUAGGAUUAUUACCAGACACUAUUGGUCAAGCCACUGAAAUGAUUAUACUCAGGCUGUCAGGGAACAAUUUCUCUGGACCAAUUCCUACAUCCAUCUCAAAUAUGCUUGAACUUAUGUUGCUGGAUUUGUCAAGCAAUAGAUUUUCAGGCAAUAAAUUUCCAGUGUUUAAUCCAAAAUCGUCAUUGUUUUUUAUUGAUCUUUCUUCCAACAAACUAUCUGGUCAGGUUCCUACGACUUUUCCUUUGGGCAUAAAAGUGCUCGUGUUAAGCCAAAAUGAGUUUUAUCAUGUCUUGCCUCAAAAUCUCUCAAAUUUGAACCAGAUGGAAUAUCUUGAUCUCCAUAGCAACAACAUUGGAGGUGAAAUCUCAAAUUUUCUCUCACAAAUGUCUUCUCUCCAAAUUUUGAAUCUUAGAAAUAAUUCUUUCCAAGGGUCAAUUCCAAUUCAUUUGUCAAGUCUUAGCACUCUUCAAAUACUUGAUCUCUCUUGCAAUAACCUUAGCAAAACAAUCCCACAUACUUUAGGAAAUCUUUCUAGGAUGAUCGAUCAUCAUGACGUCUCAUCAAGUAUUUUAUCAGAUUUUUCAAGUCAAAUUAUUUUGUUUUUUGGGAUUAGGCUUACAAAAACUGUAUUUUGGCUACCAAAUAAAAAAAAUUUGUUAUUGCAUGAUUUGGAAGUCUUCUGGAAGAAGUUAAAGCGAGGUCUACCAAAUAAAAACCUUCAACUAUAUACUUUUUUAGACCUAUCUAAUAAUCAAUUAUCAGGUGAAAUUCCUAACAGUUUAGGUGAGUUGAAAAUUUUGAAGUCACUGAACUUAUCACAAAACAAACUCUCUGGAAGAAUACCAUUGAGUUUUGGUGGUCUGCAAAGCUUAGAAAGCUUAGAUUUAUCACACAAUAAUUUUUUUGGUGAAAUUCCUUGCACAUUGGCAAAUCUCUUUGAGCUGAGUUACUUAGACUUGAGUAACAAUAAACUAGAGGGUCGCAUACCAAGUGGUCCUCAGAUGGAUCGGAUGAACGACCCAAAUUAUUAUGCCAAUAACAGUGGAUUGUGUGGAAUGCAAAUUAAAGUAUCAUGUGAGAAGGUGCCUUCUGAACCAAAGUUGAAAGAGGAAAAGACCAAGAAAAGCAAUAGUUGGGAGAUAUGGUUUUCAUGGGAAAUGGCAAUGAUUGGAUAUCCUUCUGGAUUUUUGUCAACAGUUUUAGUUAUGUAUGUCAUUGGCUACUUUAAUAUUACACCACAGCCAGGUAGAAGAAAAAGAAGAAGAAGCCCUGUUAGGCAUGGUCUUUUUGGUUUUUUACGCAUUUGA